AUGGCCUUGCACCGAUCGAACUGCAGCGAAGCAGUCCAUGUAAAUGAAACUCUGGAAAAGCUGUCAGGGAUCGAGGCCAAGCAGAAGGAAAUGCAGCAGUCAUUGGCAUCUUUGUUGGACGGACAGCUGGAAUUAAGGACUUUGAACGAGAGGGUUGCCGAAUUGGUAUUCCAGGUGAAGGAGUUCAAGGACACUACGGACACCCUUAAGCAUUUACUGCACAGCUAUAUCAAUGAAAUAAGGGACAGCCUCAACGCCACGAAAGUACCUCCUCCAUUAGCGGGCAUUAAGCAGCCGAAGUUUGAGGAAAUCGGAUCGCACCUGUUUUACAUCGAGAAUAAUAUGAGGGUUACCUGGGAUGGAGCUAAAGAUAUGUGCCGUGCAAUGGGAGGUCAACUGGCAUCCUCUGAGAGCGUGGUUGAAUUUGGCGCCUUCCAGAUGAAUCUGCAUGGCAAUUACUGCUACUGGAUAAGAAUCAAUGAUACAGAAAAGAAGGCCGGUUGCAGUGCAUCCGCCAGGCUGGGAAAUUCCCGCUAG